UUUCUUUUCAACCUUAAAAGAGUAGUCCAAAACCAUACUCAUUUGUUUCAAUACAUCUCUGAAAAUGGCUUCAACACAAGUUUCCCAAGUUCAAGCUUCCGUCCUUCCGUCGGAUAAUGAAAAUCGGCCCAAGGCCGAUUUUCAUCCCGGCAUUUGGGGUGAUAUGUUCCUCCAAUGUCCUAUCACGGAUAUUGAUGCUGCAACCGGAUUACAGUACGAAGAAUUGAAAGAGGAGGUGAGGAAGAUGAUUGUGGAACCUGUUGAGGAUUCAAACCAAAAGUUACCCUUCAUUGAUGCAGUUCAAAGAUUGGGUGUUAGCUAUCACUUUGAGAAAGAGAUUGAAGUUCAACUCGAGAAAAUAUACCAUAUCAAGACCAACGAAGUUGACAAUGAUCUCUACACCACUGCUCUUCGAUUCCGUUUACUUAGAGAGCACGGCUUCCGUGUUUCCUGCGACGCAUUCAACAAGUUCAGAGACGAGGAAGGGAAUUUCAAGGCAUCGUUGACGAGUGAUGUGCGAGGAUUGUUGGAGCUUUACGAAGCUUCGUAUAUGAGGCUCCAUGGGGAAGAUAUACUUGACGAAGCCAUUUCUUUCACCGCCGCUCAACUUACACUUGCAUUACCAACUCUAGACCAUCCUUUGUCGGAACAGGUCGACCAUGCCUUGAAACAGUCCAUCCGAAGGGGGUUGCCGAGGGUGGAGGCUCGAAAAUUCAUUUCCAUAUACGAAGAUGUCGAAUCACAUAACAAACAACUGCUUCAGUUUGCAAAGAUUGAUUUCAACUUGUUGCAACUUCUGCACAGGAAAGAGCUAAGUGAGAUCUGUAGGUGGUGGAAAGAUUUAGACUUUACGAGAAAACUUCCAUUUGCAAGAGACAGAGUGGUGGAAGGCUAUUUCUGGAUAAUGGGAGUUUACUUCGAACCCCAAUACCCCCUUGGGAGAAAGUUUUUGACAAAAGUCAUUGCCAUGGCUUCCAUUGUGGAUGAUACAUACGAUUCAUUUGCAACAUACGAUGAACUCAUUCCCUAUACAGAGGCUAUCCAAAGGUGGGAUCUUAAAUGCAUGGAUCAACUUCCGGAAUACAUGAAAAUAAGCUACAUGGCGCUGCUAGAUGUUUAUGAAGAAAUGGAACAACUAUUGCCAAUCGCGCUUUGA